UCCCAUUGGGGGGGAUUUUCCUCCACUUCCUGUGCCAUUGCCAAAACCGGAAGUAAAAGGAAAUCCCUCCAAAGUGAGGCAAUGGUAGUCAUCAGAACCAGUGUCCACAGUGAAAGAUUUCCCCUCUAUUCCUGGUCUGGUGACAACCCCAAAUUAGGGGGUUUUCUUUCACUCUAAUUCAGGGGUGGACUGACAACUCAUGGGGCCCCCGGCAAUAGGGGAUCAUGGGGCCCCUGUGUCCUUGCCCAAACUCAAAAAAGCCUAUGAAAAAGGUACCAGGGGCAUCUCAUGGGGCCCCCUACUGACCCCGGGCCCUUGGGCAGUGCCCUAGUUGCCAAAUGGUCAGUCCGCCCCUGGUCUAAUUUAAUGUUAUUAC